AUGUGAACUUAAGAUUAGUUAUUGAUCAACGAAAAUAUUGGACGGUUCAAUCAAUGAAACAUCUUAGCAUGUGGGCCCAGCAGAGCGACAUAUUGGCAAUCUUCAGUCGCGACGAAAGAAAACCAAUCCCUUGAAGCAUGAGAGAGGUGGAGGGGAAGUGGAGUGAUUUAAACUGCAAAUAUACCGUAAUUACCCCCGACGUUCUCCACUCACCAUCGCAAUGGUAGAAAUCAAAACCCCCCACUCCGUCUCCUCCAUUCCUCAUUCUCCCCCUUUUUCUCUCUCCUCAUCACCAUGCCAUCUUCCAAUCUCCCCUUCUUUCUCUUCUCUCUCCUCAUCUCCGUCUCUCUCUCCACUUCCCGCCAAACCCAAUCAGAUCCGUCCAUCUCUCCAAACCCAGACUGCCGCGGCCGUUGGAUCCACAUCCGAAACCUCCCCUCCCGCUUCAAUCUCGACCUCGUGGACAAUUGCUCCCACUACCCUGUAUACGAUAACUUCUGUCCGUACAUCGCCAACCACGGCCUCGGUCAAAAGACCCACAACCGCUCCCACAGCUGGUACCGGACCGACCCUGACAUGCUCGAGCUCAUUUUCCACCGUCGGAUCCUCGAAUACCGCUGCCUAACACCUGACCCUACAAAGGCCGACGCCAUCUACCUCCCUUACUAUGCUGGCCUCGACGCCCUCCGUUAUCUCUACGGAUCCGAUGUGAAUUCCAGCGCCGAGCACGGCCUGGAUCUGUUUGAUUUCCUCCAGAAAGAUAAGCCCCAGAUCUGGGCUCGGAAUUACGGCCACGAUCAUUUCCUGGUGAUGGCCCGCGUCGCGUGGGAUUUCUCCCGGCCUCUCACGUACGACCUUCCGGAGUGGGGCACCUCGUUCCUCGAGCUGCCCGAGUUUUACAACGUCACGGCGCUCACGCUCGAGUCACGUGCGUGGCCGUGGCAGGAGCAUGCGAUCCCGUACCCGACGUCGUUCCACCCGCCAAGCCUCGAUCGGCUCGAGUCGUGGCUUUCUCGGGUCCGGCGAUCGCGGCGCACCAAGCUGAUGCUCUUCGCCGGCGGUGGCGGCGUUGCAUCGGCUCCCAAUAUCCGACACAGCAUCCGAACCGAGUGCGAGAACCGCACGAACCUCUGCGACAUCGUCGACUGCUCCAAAGGCGUGUGCGAGCACGACCCGAUCCGCUACAUGCGCCCGAUGCUCCGCUCCAGCUUCUGCCUCCAGCCUCCCGGCGACACGCCGACGCGCCGGUCAACGUUCGACAGCAUCCUCGCCGGCUGCAUACCGGUGUUCUUCGAGGAGUUGUCGGCCAAGUCGCAGUUCGGAUGGCACCUGCCGGAGGGCGAAUACACCAACUUCUCGGUGUAUAUACCCAAGGAGGAGGUAGUGCUUGGGGGGCGGAAGAUAACGGAGUUGCUGAUGGGGAUUCCUAGGGCUGACGUCGGCAGGAUGAGGGAGAGGGUGCUGGAGCUGGUGCCGAGGGUUAUGUACAGGAGGCAUGGUAGCUCAGAGGCGCUGAGGGCCAUCCCGGACGCUUUUGAUCUAGCCGUUGAGGGUACGAUUCGGAGGAUCAAGAGCCGUCGGGAAGCAGAGCAUGUCAGAUGACACAGUUUACUGGAAAUGAUUGAUCGAACGGGUGGGAUGGGACCCAGCUAAAACAAGUUAAGGGACCGAUCACCGUCUUGAGCAGAGCCCAUCUCCUCCGUCCAUUUGGAGGCUAGAAAAAGCUGUCCUCCAAAACUGAUAGAUAGAUUCUUUAUUAUUAGUAUGUAUUGACCACUUUUGCGCUGUAUAAAUAAACGGCUGAUUAAUUAUU